CAACGAUUAUUAAGCAAAGACUUAUAUACAGCCGAUAAUUUUGUUGCACUGGUUCCUGGCCAUGCACGGUUGCGCCAGUAACCUCUUUGUUAACCGCGUGUUCCAGAUUCAACCGUAAAAUACUAAUUCCCCCGGGUUUUGCUCCAGUAUUAUCAUCUUGCAAAACGGGUGCGAGCACUUUUUGCCGCAAUAGAACCCAUACAUGGGGAUUUUGGAACCCUACCGUGUAUCUUGAGGCUGAGCUGGUUGUUGUUCCUGUGUUUGUUUGCCGUAUCUGUUAGUGGGAUCCUCUUUGUUCCCCAUAUACGUUCUCCGCUCGUGUGUUUAGAGUUUCUGAUGAAGAAUUUUGGGUUUGUUGGGACCUCGCGAAAGCGAUUGAUUUUGGUGUUUCUUUUUGAAUACUAGCGAUAUGGAACAGAUUUCAAUCGACCUUUUGAAGGAUCCAUAUAGUGUGGCCAAGUGGGACCGCCUACUUCAGCAAAGUGUACAGAAGCUAUCCAAGGCGUCGACUGAUCAAUAUCUCCCCACAGUCCGAGCCGUUUUCGAUGCCCUUUUGACGAUUUAUCCGCUACUCGAAAACUACUGGUUGAAGUAUGCUCAUCUUGAAUAUGAACUUGCUAACUUUGUGGAAUCUAAGGCAAUAUACAACCGGGCCCUUCGUUAUGUGAGCUACUCUCCCCGUGUGUGGUUGGCAUACUUGGAGUUCUGUCUUGUCGCUGAUCCUGUGUGUGUGUCGAACUGCUUGCAAUACCUUAAACUCUUCGAACUGGCCCGAAGCUAUGUUGGUUUCCACUAUUUUUCUGCUGACUUCUACAAGUUGUACUUAGAGUUUUUGUCAACCUACAAGAACAUAGAUCCAACUUUGAAUUUCCAACUUAAGUAUGAACGUUUGCUUCGCUACGUGUUGGAGGUACCCAUGUACAAUUACUCACCUUUUUUCACCUCCAUGUUUGACUUGAUCGAUUCUGGAGAACUUACACACACAUCUGAUAAGGGGCUCAGGAAAAACAUCACGGACAUUUAUGUGAUAACCCAGUAUAAGGCGUUCAAGCUCUAUGAUUUUGAGAAAAAAUUGCAUCCAUAUUUUGACUUAAAGCCCAUCGCCAUCAACGAACUCAAAACUUGGGAGAAAUAUAUGGCCUACCUUGAGUUGAACUACCCGCACGAAUAUGUGAUACAGGCGUACGAACGGUCGGUUCUCGCUACCUGUAACUAUAAUGAUCUUUGGUUGAAGUACAUGAACUACUUGACCAAUUUGAACAAACUCGACUCUUUAAACGAGGUUCUCAAACGGGCCAUCUCCCUCCGAAAGUUCAACAAAAAGGAAUUGAUUGAUAGACUUAUUGACUUGAAUCUCUUCAACUCCAACUUCUUGGUGUCAAAGAAUCUUUUGAGCACACAGGUUAGUAUCAACAAACUCACUAGCUUGGAAUGGCUUUUCGGUAAUACUGCUGUUAUUACCAGACUUUUUGAGAGCUCCCAGCCCUGGGAGCUUCUUGUUUACCACCAGCUUGAUAAUGAUACCAAAUUGAAGCUUUUUAAAUCGUGUAAAAAUGAAACAAAAGAGUACCGACAAGUACUUCGAUUUUGGUUGAAGUACAACCCCCAAUAUCGGAACCAGUUUAAGACUAUCACCGAUACUACUGCUAAUGACUUUGAUGAAGAAUUGACUGCAUUUCUCUAGUGUCAGUCGGAUGUAUAUAUUAUCUCAAUCUUCUAAUACACAAUUCAAAAUACUAAUACAAAACCAAAAUCCCAAUGCAACAAACCCGAUGGCUCUGGUAAACUUCCAGCUACUUAGGGGUACGAGCACCAUUAGACAUCCAAUGAGUGCUAUUAGACCCCUGGCUGUAAUCAUAAGGUUUUGGUGGAGGGUAAAUGUUAAAGUUCCACCAAUGAGGAGGGCAUUGUAUCCUAUACCAAUGAGGAUAAGAAGUAAUGGAGUUCCCAAACACGCAUUUAGUCCAAUGAGCAGGUUAUAUUUUAUGGAUAAACUCACAUUUGUAACAAUGUCAUUGAUUGAGUUCAUAAUCGAGAACACCAAAAAUCCAAGCAAAUAAUCACUGAUUUUCAAAAUAAGUCCAUAGUUCUUGACUAUCCUCAAUAACACUACUGAUAUAUUGGAAACUAUUAGUGCUGAGUUCACAAUUCCUAUAGCGUUCAUUAGAAAGGGCAAGUCAUAUUUUAAUUUCAACCCGAGUAUGAGCAAAAGCACUAAUGCCAGCACUGCUACUGUAGCCGCAUACGGAAACUUCAAAUACAUUAACACUCCGGUGAUGGUGAAAUAGUACAAUAGUGAGGUGGGCUGUCCAAGUGGAAUCACAAUAUUAAUGGCCUGAUUGAUCCAAUGCACAAUAAAAUGUGACAACUCAAGCCAAAACGGUAUAGCCGUACUGUUUAUUUCAUCUUGUCUUUCCAAAUCUUCUAACUCUUCAUCAAUAUUGAGAGGUAUAAGUUCUUCGUCAGCUUGUUUAUUUGUACCAAACAAGUAUACCAAAUGGGCAAUAUAAACCCCAGCCAUGACACAAUUUUCAAAACGAGUGAUCUUACCGUCUUGCAAUAUCCAAUUGAAUAUCACAAACACCGUCAACAACCAUGCCAAGUCGACUAGAACCGACUUAUCAUUUCUUACCGAAACUGGCUUAAUAACACAUAUAAGGCCUAUUAUAAGCCCACAUAUAAUUAGAUUGGAUCCAAUGAGUUGUCCUAGCACCAACUCAGAGCUUAUCUUUAGUCCAUUAUGGUAGUUGGUGAUAUCGCCUAGGGAGUUGAUAAGGGGAAUGAUUAUGAAAUAUAGGAACUUAGGGUUGAUGUGUACACUGUCGGUAAUCUUGUGAAGGUUCUCAAACAUAUAGUUACUGAUGACUAGGCUUAGCACCAAGAUUAAAGUAGCAAUGAUAAGGAUAAACCCUAAACUGUAGAGAAUGAACAGCGUCGUACUUGGAGAGCUACAGUAAUACUGCUGAGCAACUCGGAAGUAUUCUGAACAUUGCAGAACUGACUCACACGUAUAGGUGUUUAGCACACAGGUGUCUGCCAGUUCUAAUGGUACCA